UGAUAAAAAAUGGCGUCCCGUGAAAAUUUUCACUUGAGUGCGUUAGGAGAUUAGCGGUUCCGUAUCGUUUGCAAUUGAUUUUUGUGUGAUUUGGUAAGUAACUUAAUAUAUUCAAUAUAGGACGAUUGGAGUUUUAUUUGUAGAAUUUGUAAUUAUGGGUCCCGCUAUUUGCAUACGUCGAAGAAAGUCAACCGGAGUCAUUGUUUGUAUCUCAUGUACCACCAUGCACUCCUGCUCUAGCAAGCAGUUUUCCAUUCGGAACACGACAACUGAUGCCAAUAUCGAUCCACACAACCGUAUACUUCCCAUCGUCAAGAUCCAGCAGCGUCUAGAAGCCGAUCUAAAAGCCAAACACAACCGGAACUCGCAGAGGGCAUGUGGGAAUUGAGCAGCUCAUUGGAUAACUACAGGCACUGUUGAAUUUACUUCCACGUGACACGGAAGCACCAUUUGCCUUUUUCAGAAAAAAAUAUUUAAAGCUCUUUUCAGUGGAAUGUAUUCAACCGUCUAAGAUGAUUGCGUUUCAUAAGAUCAGCGGGAGAAUAAAAGAGACAACCAGUGCCACGCAACGCUGAUCUGUGCCACCUUAGUAAAGUCUAGCUCAUUGGAGUUAAGUAACCUUCAUUUAAUUCCACCAAUUAUUUCGAUAUCUUAGCAAAUACGUAUUUCGACCACAACUGUGUGGUCGUCUUCAGUGUCUCGUACUUGACUCGACUUACGAUAAUUGUUGGAAUUAAAUAGAGGCUACUUAACUCGUCUUAGACGGUUGACCAUUUGCCUACCAGCUUUCUUUUCGCAAAAAUAUGUUGCUUCAUCCGUCGGAUGACUCGCUGCCGCUAUCUAUGCAAUAAAGUACAGGAUCAGCAAAGGUCACUCCAAAAACCUCACAAAUUAUGCAAGCAAACAUUUAAUCAAUAAAUUAUCUGUCGUCCAUUAUAUUUGUAGUUUCGAUUGAAAAAAUCAAAUAUUCCAAAAAAAAAACAGUAUAUGAACACGAAAAUCCAGCGAUUAGAAUCAUUUUCCUUACACAUAUACUCCAUAAGCUGAAUUUUUCAAAAGUAUGGGUCAUUUUUAUGGAUUCUAUUUUGUUAACCCAUGUAUUUGAUAAAAAUUCAUACUGGCGACAAUUCAUUAAUAUCACACAUACUUAUCAUGAGUACAACCCCAUUGCAAAAAUCCAUGUGGGUUGGCACAUGAAUUGAAUGGCCUUUUUUGCUUGAGUGCAGUAUUCGUGGAGGUAGAAGAAACGCCGGAAGAAUCGCCUAAACGAAAACAAAAGAAAACAGACACUGAGAGUAGUAAAUCCAAGAGAUUAAAAAUGGAUGGACGCAAAGAAGUAGUAAACACAACCGUCGUUUGCACUACAACUGAAUCCAGUGGAAACACGUUACACCUAUCGAUAGAAAACGUAGUCGGAGCAGAACCAGAACAACCAAGUGAACCUGACGUGAGCGAAAUUGAAGUGGCUCCGUUGGAACACACGGAUUUCGAGGCAUUGUAUGAUGAAGUGUACGAAGUGGAACUGCCUUCAACUCUUUGGGGAAUCCAUCGGGACGUGGAAAAAACUUUCAUUUGCUUCUCCGAAUUCAGCAAAGACACAAUGAAUGUGCGGAAGUAUUUGUUUAUUGACCGUUACCUGCAGUACCGGAUGGCCGUUGGCCAACGAGUUAUGAAACAUGGAACCCUGCCUACGGGAUCCACUGAAUCCAUCUCCGACCUGCUGACCAAACUCGACGACGUUAGAAUAAGGAAAGUGAUUAUCAAAGGAAGCAGUUCGGUUCUAGGACCUUAACUCUGCAGUAAAUUAACGUAAGUCGUAAACAUUUAUUUAAUAACUAACUUUAAUGUUUUAUCUCUUAA